GGUUCGGUCAGAGGCACGAAGAAAGGAAGAUUAGAAACGCCCAUUUCAAUCCUCCACUGUAUAGAGACUCUGUAGGGGUUUCGAUCGAGUUUCCAAUCAACCAUGGCUAUGGCGAGCUUUGCUAGACGAAAGGCCUUCUUCUUCUCCAGGAAUGCGUCCCAUUCUUCCUCCAUGGAUGUUCUUAAGUUGACCUUCUCUCGGGGUUUCGCUUCAUCGGGAUCUGAUGAAAAUGAUGUCGUCGUCAUCGGCGGCGGCCCCGGAGGCUAUGUUGCCGCCAUCAAGGCUGCUCAGCUUGGACUCAAGACCACCUGCAUCGAGAAGCGUGGGACUCUUGGCGGUACUUGUCUUAAUGUUGGUUGCAUCCCCUCCAAGGCUCUUCUUCAUUCUUCCCACAUGUAUCAUGAAGCUAAGCAUGCAUUUGCAAAACAUGGCGUGAAGUUUUCUUCUCUUGAGGUUGAUUUGCCUGCCAUGAUGUCCCAGAAAGAUAAAGCAGUAGCUAAUCUUACCCGAGGUAUUGAAGGUUUGUUUAAGAAGAAUAAAGUGAACUAUGUCAAAGGCUAUGGAAAGCUGAUCUCCCCUUCUGAAGUUUCUGUUGACACCGUUGAUGGGGGAAACACGGUUGUAAAAGGAAAGAAUAUCAUAAUUGCCACUGGUUCUGAUGUCAAAUCCUUACCUGGGAUCACCAUUGAUGAGAAAAGAAUUGUUUCAUCUACAGGAGCUUUAGCUUUGUCUGAAAUUCCCAAAAAGCUUGUGGUCAUUGGCGCUGGUUACAUUGGCCUUGAGAUGGGUUCGGUAUGGGGACGAAUUGGCUCAGAGGUAACUGUUGUUGAGUUUGCUGCUGAUAUUGUUCCCUCGAUGGAUGCAGAAGUUCGCAAGCAAUUUCAGCGCUCUCUAGAGAAGCAAGGAAUGAAAUUCAAGCUCAAAACUAAGGUGGUCGGAGUUGACACAUCUGGAGAUGGAGUAAAGCUGACCCUUGAGCCAGCAGCCGGUGGGGACAAGACCAUUCUUGAGGCUGAUGUUGUUCUUGUGUCUGCUGGUAGAACUCCAUUCACUUCUGGACUUGGACUAGAGAAGUUAGGAGUGGAGACAGAUAAGAUCGGUCGGAUUUUAGUAAAUGAUAGAUUUGCUACAAAUGUUCCUGGAAUCUAUGCUAUUGGCGAUGUAAUUCCUGGGCCAAUGUUAGCUCAUAAGGCCGAAGAAGACGGUGUUGCUUGUGUGGAGUUUUUAGCUGGUAAGACAGGUCAUGUGGACUAUGACAAGGUUCCUGGGGUUGUAUACACCCAUCCUGAGGUCGCUUCUGUUGGAAAGACAGAGGAGCAGGUGAAAGCACUUGGGGUUUCUUAUCGUGUCGGGAAGUUUCCAUUCAUGGCAAAUAGUCGAGCCAAGGCAAUUGAUGAUGCUGAAGGUUUAGUCAAAAUAUUGGCUGAAAAGGAAACAGACAAGAUAUUAGGAGUACACAUAAUGGCUCCCAAUGCUGGGGAGCUGAUUCAUGAGGCAGCCAUAGCUCUACAAUACGAUGCUUCAAGUGAGGACAUAGCCCGUGUUUGCCAUGCACAUCCCACAAUGAGUGAGGCACUGAAGGAAGCUGCUAUGGCGACCUACGACAAGCCGAUUCAUAUAUAAGCGGUUAAACUGGGUGUUCUUCCAUUUUUUUUCCCUUAAUUUAUGUCAUUUUUAUCAAAAGGAGAUUUGGAAUGACUUUCAUGAGUCAUUCAUUUUCCUUGUCACUCCCUUCAGUGAAGGGUUCGAAGUGUUUCAAAUACAGAUUUGCUGUCUUUUAGCUUCCAUUUUGCUCUGGUUACAAUAAUGUUGUGCUUUGAUACCUGAGUUUCAAAUAACAUGAGAUCGGAAUAUGUUGAACAAUUGAA